CCGUGUUCCUCGCCGGCCCCGGGAGACUCCCCUGGCUGCCGGCAUCACCCCACUCUGGUCGCACUGCCAGCCCAGGCUGCAGAGAGGGGACAGGGCAUAAGAGCUGGUCGACUCCGGGGAAACUUCGUCGCCAGACAUGCCUGGGGUUUUCGGGCUUCCCCAGCGCCCCCACCCCGGGCCACGCUGCCAGCAUUAAAGUGGCGCCGCAACUAUCUAUCGCUGCGCUCUGCCAGGCGGGUUCCGAGCCGCAGAGACCCGGGCGACCGGCAGCGCCGCUUCAGCACCGAAUGCACCCAGGAGGCGGCCGCCGCGGGCCAGGGGCUCCUGGCAGGGGACAGGGAGUGCAGGGAGACUUUGCGCCACGAUGCUUUGUGUUCCUGCCGCAGGGACGCGAGGCGGUCUCUUUCCACCAGACUUAACCCGCCCGCAGCAAUAGCCAUGGAAGUUGCAGCGGCGCAGAGCGAGAGCGGACCCCUUGGCGCCGCAUCUUUCUUGGAUGUUUCUUCUCACAGGCCACUUCUUUCCUCCUUUGGUGGCCGUUCCUGCAGCAGCCCCGCCGGUGUGUCAGCCCAAAAGCACCACUAACUCGCACCAUCCCCAGCCGGCUCCCCGCCUCUCCAUUUCCUCCCGGGCCACCGUGGUAGCCAGAAUGGAAGGCGCCUCCCAGGGGGGCCUGCAGACCGUCAUGAAGUGGAAAACCGUGGUCGCCAUCUUUGUGGUCGUGGUGGUCUACCUCGUCACGGGUGGUCUCGUCUUCCGGGCGCUGGAGCAGCCCUUCGAGAGCAGCCAGAAGAACACCAUUGCCCUGGAGAAGGCGGAAUUCCUGCGGGAUCACAUCUGCGUGAGCCCUCAGGAGCUGGAGACCUUGAUCCAGCACGCCCUCGAUGCUGACAAUGCGGGAGUCAGUCCGAUAGGAAACUCAUCCAGCAGCAACAGUCACUGGGACCUGGGAAGUGCCUUUUUCUUUGCUGGAACCGUCAUCACCACCAUAGGGUAUGGGAAUAUUGCUCCGAGCACUGAAGGAGGCAAAAUCUUUUGUAUUUUAUAUGCCAUCUUUGGGAUUCCACUCUUUGGUUUCUUAUUGGCUGGAAUUGGAGACCAACUUGGAACCAUCUUUGGGAAAAGCAUUGCAAGAGUGGAGAAGGUCUUUCGAAAAAAGCAAGUGAGUCAGACCAAGAUCCGGGUCAUCUCCACCAUCCUCUUCAUCUUGGCUGGCUGUGUUGUGUUUGUGACGAUCCCUGCUGUCAUUUUUAAAUAUAUCGAGGGAUGGACGGCCUUGGAAUCCAUUUAUUUUGUGGUGGUCACUCUGACCACCGUGGGAUUUGGUGAUUUCGUGGCAGGGGGAAACGCUGGCAUCAAUUACCGCGAGUGGUAUAAGCCCCUAGUGUGGUUUUGGAUCCUGGUCGGCCUUGCCUACUUUGCAGCUGUCCUCAGUAUGAUCGGAGACUGGCUGCGGGUUCUCUCCAAAAAGACAAAAGAAGAGGUUGGUGAGAUCAAGGCCCACGCAGCCGAGUGGAAGGCCAAUGUGACGGCCGAGUUCCGGGAGACCAGGCGAAGGCUCAGUGUGGAGAUCCAUGACAAGCUGCAGCGGGCGGCCACCAUCCGCAGCAUGGAGCGCCGGCGCCUGGGCCUGGACCAGAGGGCCCACUCGCUGGACAUGCUCUCUCCAGAGAAGCGCUCCGUCUUCGCCGCCCUGGACUCGGGCCGUUUCAAAGCCUCAUCCCAGGAGAGCAUCAACAACCGGCCCAACAACCUGCGCCUUAAGGGGUCGGAGCAGCUCAACAAGCACGGACAAGGCGCCUCUGAGGACAACAUCAUCAACAAGUUUGGGUCCACCUCCAAACUCACCAAGAGGAAAAACAAAGACCUCAAAAAGACCUUGCCCGAGGAUGUUCAGAAGAUCUACAAGACCUUCCGGAAUUACUCCCUGGAUGAAGAGAAGAAAGAGGAGGAGACAGAAAAGAUGUGUAACUCUGACAACUCCAGCACAGCCAUGCUGACGGAGUGCAUCCAGCCGCAGGCUGAGCUGGAGAACGGAAUGGUACCCACAGACGCCAAAGACAGGGAGCUCGAGAACAACGCGUUACUUGAAGACAGAAACUAAAGGUCAAAGACAUUGGACUGGGACUAAGCAG